UCGAAACUUUUAACUUUCCACUUCCAACUUCCAACUUUCAACUGCCGAUGGGUCAAAAAAAACCCCUCAGUGGGUACUACGAUGGAUCCGGUGUCUGAUACUGCAGUGGACCUUGGCCACCUGCUUGAAAAUGGGCCUGGCCAUUUGAGUCCGCCUUCACUGGGAUCAUCGGGUAAACCCCCUCCCAAGGCCAACGAGGUGUCAUGCCGGAAUGACUCAAGAUGGCUGGAGCAGGCGACUGCAUCGUGGGAACAAGAGCAUCAGUUCAAUAAAGCUGUUAGACCAGACAGGCUACAUUCAUCCUAUCUGCACAAUUCUCACCGCAGGCGAAUUCGACUGAGCAGCAAGGGAAGACCAGAGUUCCCAGCUAGGCACUCACGAACAGCCAUAAUUCAGUAUGCCACGAUCCUGAAGGUAAUGGUGUUGAAAGUUGCAAUGCUGGGAAAUCAUAGCCAGGCACCAGUGGUUUAUAUAACGUGCUGUGAACCUGCGCCGAUCCUCACCCGUUUGGAUUCUGAAAGCGGACCAUACUACAUACGAAGCACACACUUGAUGAUGGCUGUUUAAGUAGACGACGUUGUUUAAUGUCUUUCAAACAAGUGCAUCCAUCUAGUCUUGCGACGGCAAUGGAAUACCAUGUGCAGCAUUCGCUGCAGUCAGUCACAUGGGCUCCAUUGUUUUCAAAUGAGCACUGUCGCGGUUAGAUACAACUGAACUCAACAUCGUGCCUGAGGAUUAGGACAUGGUCCGUUGUCACAAUGCUAGCCACUCGGGAUAAACGAGCGUUUAGAUUGUCAGUU